GAACUAACGCGGCGUUCCACCGCUCCUCUCUCUCCUGCAGAGUCAACCACUUGCUCUUCGGGCUCCGACCACUCGGCUUUCACUUGGUGAACGUGGCGCUGCACUCGUGCGUGUGUCUGCUGCUGACGCGGGUCCUGCUGCGUCUGCUGCACCUGCCGCAGGGCACCGUCCUGUCUGCUGGUCUGCUCUUCGCCACCCACCCCGUCCACACCGAGGCGGUGACAGGUCUGGUGGGGCGAGCAGACGUCCUGGCUGCCAUCUGCUUCCUGGCCGCCAUCCUCUCCUACCACAGGGCGAUAGAGGGCGACGGUGAAGAGCCAUCCAACGCAGAAGAGAGCGAUGGAGGAGUAGCAGCAGUUGGAGGUGGAGGAUCAGCUGGAGGUGGAGGAACAGCUGGAGUAGCAGGAGGAACAGUUGGAGGAGGAGGAAUAGGAGUAUGGGAAGGAAGAAGAGGAUUAGCCCUCUAUGUAGACGGAGCAGGCGGCAACGUGAUACCAUCUAGCUGGGAGAGCAACAGAAAAGGUGCAGCUAGUCGCGUGAUGGAGGUUGCACAGGGGGAAGGAGGAACAGGAACAGGAGGAGGUGUUGGAGGAGGAGGAGGCAGUGAAGCAGGAGUAGGAGGGUGGGCGUGGCUGCGGCGUGCAGGAGCGCUGGCGGGCGCGGGCACCCUGUGUAAAGAGCACGCCCUCACCGCCCUGCUGGUCUGCGCCUCGUGGGACGUAAUCCGCCACAGAAAACAUAUCCGCAGAUUACUCCUGGGGAGGGCUGGCGGCAUCAGCGGCAGCAGCAGCAGCAGCAGCAGCAGCAGCAGCAGCAGCAGCAGCAGCAGCAGCAGCAGCAGCAGCAGCAGCAGCAGGGCGCUGACAACGCUCUUCAGAAGGCUCUUCUGGUUAAGCCUUAUAGGGGCGGCCAUCUUGGUGUUCCGCCUAUGGAUGCUGCGAGGGACGUCACCUGUCUUCAGCGACCAAGACAACCCAGCCUCUUCCUCCCCUUGCCGUCUAACAAGGGUGCUGACCUUCUGGUAUCUGCCGGUGUUCAACGCCUGGCUGCUGUUGUGCCCCUGGACGUUGGCACACGACUGGCAGAUGGGCUCCAUACCGCUCAUCACCUCUGUCAUAGAUACCAGGAACAUCGCUUCUCUUUUGUUCUACGGCGCCCUUGUACUUAUACUCAGAGCUGGAUGCUUGAUGAAG